AUGGCGAAGAUGUGGGGACAAUCCAUGAAGGUGGAAGCAAAGUUCUCUGAGGCAGAAGGAGCUCCAUCGGAGGAAGGUCAGAGGGCGCAGGCCCAGGAGCAUGCCCAAGAUGCCCUCUUAAGUGAUGAUGUCAAGAAUGAAGACGUCAAGGAUGAAGUUGGUCCCAAGAGGCACAAAGACAGCCACAUGGUCAAGAAGAGGGAUAAACCCAUUCCUUGCCAAGGGAGGGAUUUUCCUGAAAUAAUUCACAUGGUGGAGGAAACAUACAAGUGCUUGGAGUGUGGAAUGAACUUCUCAGAUCAAUCCCAAUAUAAUGUCCAUUUACAAAUGCACAGUGGAAAGAAGACCCAUCAAUGCCUGGAGUGUGGAAAGACCAUGAUUCACAGAGCAGAACUCCUUAGACAUCAAAGAACACAUACAGGAGGGAAACCUUAUAGCUGCUCAGACUGUGGCAAGAGCUUCUCAGAGAACUCAGACCUUGUUCAGCACCAGAGAAUUCACUCAGAAGAAAAUGUGUUUAUCUGCUCAGAGACUGGAAUGGCGUUCUCUGAUGGAGGAAAGCGUAAUAUGCAUCUUCCAAAGUACAAUAUAAUGAAGGCACAUAAAUGUUUCUGGUGCGGAAAGUUCUUCAAAUACAGAUCACAGCUCCUUGUGCACCAAAGGAUACACAGAGGGGAGAAACCGUUUGAAUGCUCAGAGUGUGGAAUGAAAUUUUGUCAGCGUAGCAAUCUUCAGCAGCAUCUAAGAACCCACACAGGAGAGAAGCCUUUUGAAUGUACAGAGUGUGGGAAGAGAUUCAGUCAGAAUGGUGCUCAUCAGCAGCAUCUAAGAACCCACACAGGGGAGAAACCUUUUGAGUGCUCUGAGUGUGGAAAGAGAUUCAGUCGGAGUGAUGCUCUGCAAAAUCAUCUGAGAAGCCACACAGGAGAGAAGCCUUUUGAAUGCUUAGAGUGUGGGAAGAGAUUCAGUCACAGUGGCGCUCUUAAAAAUCACCUAACAACCCACACAGGGGAAAAGCCCUUUGAAUGCUCAGAGUGUGGGAAGAGAUUCAGUCAGUUUGGCAAUCUUCAACAGCAUCAAAUAAUCCACACAGGGGAGAAGCCUUUCGAAUGCUUAGAGUGUGGGAAGAGAUUCAGUCAGUUUGGCAAUCUUCAACAGCAUCAAAUAAUCCACACAGGGGAGAAGCCUUUUGAAUGCUCAGCAUGUGAGAAGAAAUUCAGUCAGCUUCGCAAUCUUCAAGAGCAUCAAAGAACCCACACAGGAGAGAAACCUUUCGAAUGCUCAGAGUGUGGAAAGAGAUUCAGUCGUAGUGGCACUCUACAACAGCAUCAAAGAAUCCACUCAGGAGAGAAACCUUUUGAAUGCUCAGAGUGUGGAAUGAAAUUCAGUCAGCGUGGCCAUCUUCAACGGCAUCAGAUAAUCCACACAGGGGAGAAGCCUUUCGAAUGCUUAGAGUGUGGAAAGAGAUUCAGUCAGUUUAGCAAUCUUCAACAGCAUCAAAUAAUCCACACAGGGGAGAAGCCUUUUGAAUGCUCAGAGUGCGGAAUGAAAUUCAGUCAGCGUGGCCAUCUUCAACGGCAUCAGAUAAUCCACACAGGGGAGAAGCCUUUCGAAUGCUUAGAGUGUGGAAAGAGAUUCAGACACAGUUGCAGUCUCCAAGAACAUCAAAGAAUCCACAUGGGGGAGAAACUUUUGGAAUGUUCAGAGGAUGGGAAAAGAUUCAGGUUAAGUUGCAGUCUUCAGGAGCAUCAAAGAAUCUAUACAGGGGAGAAACCUUUUGAAUGCUCAGUGUGUGGAAAGAGAUUCAGGUUGAGUCGCAAUCUUCAGGGGCAUCAAAGAACGCACACGGGGGAGAAACCUUUUGAAUGCUCAGAGUGUGGGAAGAGAUUCAAUCACAGUGGCAAUCUUCAACAGCAUCAGAGAAGCCACACAGGGGAGAAACCUUUUGAAUGCUCCCAGUGUGCAAAGAGAUUCAGUCGGAGUAAUGCUCUUCAAAAUCAUCUAAGAACCCACACAGGGGAGAAGCCUUUUGAAUGCUCAGAGUGUGGGAAGAGAUACAGUCAGAGUGGCACUCUUCAGCGGCAUCAAAGAAACCACACAAGGAAAGCCAUGUAACUUCUUAGCCCAGGGAUGUCUAAGUCAUUUGUUACAAGGACCUAACAUUAUUCUUACUUUGUCAGGCCGGGCCAUGCAUUCUAUAAAACGUAAUAACAUGUACCAGAGAUAUAAACUUUAGAAAG